CUUAGAUCCUGAAAGGGGAGGAUCAUUAGCGCUCACAUUGCUCAACUUGAACAGCAAACGGCGACGACGAAACAUGCUGAACACGAGGCUAAUUCGAAAGCUCUUAAAACGUCUAUGAUCCAUGCUGUUCCGGGGCUUCCAAUGCACGAUGUCCACAGGCCACUUUGCCAUUGCCGCUUCACCACCAAAUAACUUCAACUAAUACAGCAAGCGGCACUCAAGAUGUGGUAUCGUCUUCAAUACUUCCGUAUGCCAUGCCUGUUCCAUAUACUCCCAAGCAAGUUAUUCCGCCUCAUACGUCUUCGCCACCAGGAGUUAGUAGUGCGAUUCCUUCCAAUGCUCCCAACAUCACUCCCCGUUUUGUACCAUUCGCCGCGAAUGAUGUUUUGCGAUACGAAAAUCGUCCUCUUGUGUAUGUGCAGCGCCCUCAUGAUAGUGGAUGGUCUUGAGGAAUCACUCUCCAGAAACAAAAAUCGUGAGCGUGAUCACAUUCCAGCACUUAUGAGGUGCUUCCCAAAUGAGUCAUGUCCAUGGUUGAAUGGUGAUUGGCGGUCUUAUAUACAUCCCGAAGGCGCGCUGUAUUUAUACAAUACGAGUCUAAAAACGUUCACCGAAGCCAUCAUGGACGAAACUACGUUCCACUUACUUGUCGGAUGCGUGGAUGAGCUAUACGACAUGGUACGCGCAAAAUCAGCGGGGCUCGAAGCCGAUGACAUUGAGCUUGUCGUGCAAUUAUGGCCGAUUGAAGGCGAAAUGACCUGUCAAUAUUACUUCGCCGACCACACAGCUCGAACUCUCUUUUGGCUGCACGAUAGCCGUGAAGCGACAAUGAAAAUCUUUAGCGGGCUUCGGGGCGUCGAUGAUCCGAGCCAUAUUCGAUUUGCCUUGGAGUCCGAAUACUGGACACAUUGCGAACGCUACCCGAACCACCAGAUGAAUCGAGUCAAGCUUCUCAAAGAAUUGAGGGAGGUUGUCAUGCAUGCGAGUGCAGAGAUUAUCACUUCGGACACGUCCUUGUCGCCCUUUGAUGCCGAUGAACUCUCCAGAAUCCUGGAGCUGAUCAACCACCUCCGAGAGAACGCUGAGGACAAUGAUUUUCCUCAUUCCACUUGCGUCAUUGCUCGGUUCAUGCAUUAUUUCUAUAGAGCCAAGUUUUUCAACUUCUGCGGCCUACCUUGUGCUCGACUCGAUGCUGACAGAUCCGUGUAUGAAGAGGGUACAGGCUUUCAUCUACUGAUCAGCCCUCUUUCUCUGGUUUUAGAGGUCAUGCUUUUUUGGGCACCGCAAGCACACUUAAAAAAUAUCCGAAGGGUAUGGGUGGAUGAGUGCAUCAACACGCCGCGGUGGAAAGACUUCAACAGAAAUCUCAUGACGGAGUGGACUGGGAUCACCAUCUAUUCAACCGUCAUGUUAGCCGUAGACGUCAGUUUUCUUGCAGUGCCGAACAUGAACAUCGGCCCGUCACACUCGAUCGGGAUCAUUGCUACCUACCUCUCGAUUAUCUUCAUCACCGGCUCCUUGAUCGCCUCAGUCCUGCUGGCGCGUCAGAACCAGAGAUACGGUUUUGAAUCAGCCGACAAAGCGGCCGAAUUUUUGUCAAAUUUGACAAACACAUUUUUUGGAGUGAAAGCCCUCGCCACUGUUCACAGUCUCCCAUAUGCAAUGCUUAUGUGGGGGAUGAUCUACUUCGCAAUCGGCCUUCUGUACAACGUGUUCAAGUCUACGACGACGGCCAUGCUGGCAUCAAUUGUCGGCGGGUGCGUGGUCGUUAUCAUGUUCAUAUCGUGGUUCAUCUGGGCAGCGAGGGAGCGAUGGAUAGUAUCCAACCUUAGCGCUUCGGAAUUUUUUUUUGACUAUGCAGUGGCAUUAUUACCAACCGAGUCUUUAGUAAAAGCACAGAUGUAA